GACUGGUUCAGAAAAUCCCGCGACCCGGUACGUCACUUCCGCCACUGUUCAUACAUUGUUUGAAACGUGUUUCAAACGUUUUUGUUUUACAAAACUAUUUGAUCCGACCAAAUAAACAUGAGCAAAGCACACCCGCCAGAGCUGAAGAAGUUUAUGGACAAGAAGCUUUCACUGAAGCUCAACGGUGGCCGUCACGUUCAGGGCAUCUUGCGUGGUUUUGACCCCUUCAUGAAUCUGGUCGUUGAUGACUGUAUAGAAAUGGCUCCUGGAGGACAAAUGAACACCAUUGGGAUGGUGGUGAUCAGAGGAAACAGUAUAAUCAUGUUGGAGGCUCUUGAACGAGUAUGAGGAUGUCGUCCACUUUCUUUCCCUGCUUUUUUUUUUUCUUUUUUUGUACCCAGCAAAUAUAGAAAAGGCCAUUUUCUCAUGUCUUUUUACAACAAAGGCUUAAUAUUAACUCUGAAAUCUUCGAUUGUGUUUAAAUAUUGUUUUAUAAACACCUUCCUUUUAUUUUUAUGUACCUUCCUAUGUCUGUAGAAAUUUGUGUACACGAUUCAUACAUUUUUGUGAAUAAAUGGACUACGGUGUGAUUAA